AUGGCAGCUCCAGGCUCCUCGGCUGAGUGCGGCUACAUCCGUACAGUCCUGGGCCAGCAGAUCCUAGGGCAGCUGGACAGCUCCAGCCUGGCCUUGCCCUCCGAGGCCAAGCUGAAGCUGGCGGGGAGCAGCGGCCAGGCGGUCAAGAGCCUGCGGAUCCAGGAGCAGGUGCAGCAGACCCUGGCCCGGAAGGGCCGCAGUUUCGUGGGCAACGGAAAUCUUCACCGAACUAGCAGUGUUCCUGAAUAUGUCUACAAUCUACACUUGGUUGAAAAUGAUUUUGCUGGGGGGCGUUCCCCUGUUACUAAAACCUAUGACAUGCUAAAGACAGGCACAGCUGCCACUUAUGAAGGCCGCUGGGGGAGGGGAACUCCGCAGUACAGCUCUCAGAAGUCAGUGGAAGAAAGGCUCUUGAGGCAGCCUCUGAGGAGAGUUGAGAUUUCCCCGGACAGCAGCCCUGAGCGGGCUCAGUACGCCCCUGUCAGCGAGUACCAGUACAGCCAGAGAAGCCAGGCCGGGCACACCUCGCGGCUGCAAGAGAGCAGGAGGUCCACGCUUCUCGUGCCGCCUCGCUACGCCCGCUCAGAAAUUGUGGGUUUCAGCCACUCCGGGGCGGUGGGCAGACAGCGCCACUACGACACGUACAGGCGCUACCAGUACCGGUCCGUGAACGACGCCGUCUUUGACGGCGCCCAGGUCCACCCGGUGCUGCUCACGUACCCCAGGCCUGGGACCAGCCACAGCCUGGGCAACCUCCUGGAGAAGGAGAGCUACGUGACUGAGGGGCCCGCCGCGGGGCAGGCCAGGCCGGCAUCCGUGCAGCCGGGCACGCAGGGCCGGGCGGCGCGGUCGUCCUGGCAUCAGAGCUCCUUCCACAGCACCCGCACGCUGAGGGAGGCCGAGUUCGGCGGGAGGAGGACCCACAGGACCGUGGGCCAAGUGGCAGCAGGAGGAAGUGGGAACGUGCUCGCAGAGAGAAGCGCUUUCACCGACGCCCAGGCUGGGAAUGCAGACACGGAGAUGACUCUGGAGCGAGCAGUGAGUAUGCUUGAGGCAGACCACACACCGCCAUCCAGGAUUUCUGCUGCAGCUACUUUCAUACAGCAUGAGUGCUUCCAGAAAUCUGAAGCGCGGAAAAGGGUUAAUCAGCUUCAUGGCAUCCCCAAGCUUCUACAGCUCCUCAAAAUUCAGAAUGAGGAUAUCCAACGAGCUGUGUGUGGGGCCUUGCGCAACUUGGUGUUUGAAGACAAUGACAACAAAAUGGAGGUCGCGGAACUCAGUGGAGUAUCUCGGCUGCUCCAGGUGCUGAAGCAAACCAGAGACUUGGAGACUAAGAAACAAAUAACAGGUUUGCUGUGGAAUUUGUCCUCUAAUGACAGACUUAAGAAUCUCAUGGUAACAGAAGCCUUGCUUAUCCUGACUGAGAAUAUCAUCAUCCCCUUUUCGGGGUGGCCAGAAGGAGACUACCCCAAAGCAAAUGGCUUGCUCGAUUUUGAUAUAUUCUACAAUGUCACAGGAUGCCUAAGAAACAUGAGUUCAGCUGGCCCUGAAGGGAGGAAAGUGAUGAGAAGGUGUGAUGGACUGAUUGACUCACUGGUCCAUUAUGUCAGAGGAACCAUUGCAGAUUACCAGCCAGAUGACAAGGCCACAGAGAACUGUGUGUGCAUUCUUCACAACCUCUCCUACCAGCUGGAGGCAGAGCUCCCAGAGAAAUAUUCCCAGAGUAUCUAUAUUCAAAGCCGGAAUAUCCAGGCUGACAACAACAAAAGUAUUGGUUGUUUUGGCAGUAGAAGCAGGAAAGUAAAAGAGCAAUACCAGGACAUGCCAAUGCCAGAGGAAAAGAGCAACCCCAAGGGCGUGGAGUGGCUGUGGCACUCCAUCGUGAUACGGAUGUAUUUGUCCUUGAUCGCCAAGAGUGUCCGAAACUACACUCAAGAAGCAUCUUUGGGAGCUCUCCAGAAUCUCACGGCAGGAAGUGGACCAAUGCCAAUAUCAGUAGCUCAGACAGUUGUCCAGAAAGAAAAUGGCCUUCAGCACAUACGAAAGAUGCUGCAUGUUGGUGAUCCAAGUGUGAAAAAGACUGCCGUCUCUCUGCUGAGGAAUUUGUCUCGGAAUCUUUCUCUGCAGAAUGAAAUUGCCAGAGAAACUCUACCUGAUUUGGUUUCCAUAAUUCCCAACACAGUCCCAAGUACUGAUCUUCUCAUUGAAACUACAGCCUCUGUCUGUUACACAUUGAACAAUAUAAUCCAGAAUAGUUACCAGAAUGCACGGGAUCUUCUGAACACUGGGGGCCUGCAGAAAAUUAUGGCCAUAAGCACAGGUGACACCUAUGCUUCCAACAAAGCAAGUAAAGCUGCUUCUGUUCUCCUAUAUUCUCUGUGGACCCACACAGAGCUCCAUAAUGCCUACAAGAAGGCUCAGUUUAAGAAGACAGAUUUUGUCAACAGCCAGACUGCCAAAGCCUACCACUCCCUGAAAGACUGAGGAACAUGAAAAAGUGCCCUCAGAAAUAUGAACCUCAUCAUUCUCAGUCACAAAAAGCCCCAAAGGAAAACACCUAUUUUUCUACUUCCCAGCCCAAGAAACUUCAAAAAAGCAUGUCCUAUUUCUAUCCUUUUCUAUUUUCAUGGUCCCCAGAAUCCAGAAAACAAAUAAUCAAAAUAUAAUUUUAUUAGUUUUCCAGAGGACAUUUGCAAGUUUGCCACCAGUAGAUACUGGCAACAGGCUCGAUUUUACCCUCUACAAAUAGUGGUCUUUUUGAUCAGGGCUGACGGUGUAUGUCCUAAUGGAAUCAAAAUGUGAAUUCAUGUGGAAUGGACGUUAACAGAAUAAAUAAGGAAGGAAGCUGCUGUAUUACUAGGAUUUUAAAAGUUUGAUUUACAUUUAUAUUCCUUUUCUGGUUUCCAUGUUUUGUCACUCACAUGCACGUUGCUUCACCAUUGAGCCAUGAGUGUAUUGCUCUGCAGUGUUGAAACAGAAUGGAAACAACAAGAAAUAUUUGUGGGGUUAUCCAGGCGAAAAUGUAAUGACAAAACUACUUGUUUGUUUACUUUGUGCUUGUUUUUAUCCUCUUGAUUUUUUUUCUCUGAUUUUCAACGAACUUAAGAAAUUUAGAUCACAGAACAUGCAUGACUAUAAGGAAAAGAAAUUGAAAGGAAGUGAUCAUAGCAAAUUUAAAAAUCUCUUCUACAGAGGCUUCCCUGGUGGCGCAGUGGUUGA